AUGGUGGAGUGCAAAAAAGCUCAGCCGAAGGAGGUGAUGCUACCGGCGAACCUGGCGAAAACGAGAGCCGCUGGCCGCGGCGCCUACGGUGAGUUGCUAGGUAGCGCCGUGGCGGCGUGCGCCGGUGGCGUCCGGUACGCGCCGUACCCGGUACACGCGCCGGCGCAAUUGCUAGUGACCGGCGCGGGCGUGGGCGUGGGCGUGGGCGCCGGCGCUGGUGGGGUGGUCCACGCGGCCCACGCGGCCGCAUACCGGCGCGCCCUCGCCGCACUACGCCCCGCACCCCGCCCGCAGCGACCUACGCUCACGCCCCUCACUAUCCCCCCCCUCGCCUACUCCGUCUCCGAUCUGAUCAGCGCUCAUGCUCUGGACAUCCCGACCCUAUACUCACCUCUGACCCAUGCCACCCUCCCGACCCCACUACCCCUC